AUGUCUCUCCGAUUUUCUAGUGGGUCGAGGCAUAUUUGCUUAUGGUCUGGAGCUGGGUCUGUCAGACCAUCCAGUGGAGGCUUAGGCUUUGCAGGCAGCAAUGCAUGUGGCAGUUCUGUGGCUGGAAGUGGAUUUUCCUGUGCCUUGGGAGGGGGCCUGGGCAAUGUCCCUGGGGGGAACCAUGCUGGUGGUGUCCUUGGAAACGCUGCUUGUGCUGGCUUUGCUGGAAGUGAAGGGGGACUUCUGUCCGGGAAUGAGAAGGUGACCAUGCAGAAUCUUAACGACCGCUUGGCAUCCUACCUGGGAAACGUGCGAGCUCUGGAGGAGGCAAAUGCCGAACUAGAGAGAAAAAUCAAGGGCUGGUAUGAAAAAUACGGGCCUGGAUCUUGCCGUGGACUUGAUCAUGACUAUAGCAGAUACUACCAGAUAAUUGAAGAACUUAAGAAUAAGGUUAUCUCUUCCACUAUUGCUAACGCUAACGUAAUUCUGCAUAUUGACAAUGCCAGACUGGCUGCGGAUGACUUCCGGCUAAAGUAUGAAAAUGAGCUCGCCCUUCACCAAAACACAGAGGCCGACAUCAACGGGCUGCGGAGAGUCCUAGACGAACUGACGCUCUGCAGGACCGACCAGGAGCUGCAGUACGAAUCCCUGAGCGAAGAGUUGAGGUACCUCAAGAAGAACCACGAAGAGGAAAUGCAGGCCCUGCAGUGCGCGGCGGGCGGGAACGUGAACGUGGAGAUGAACGCGGCGCCCGGGGUGGACCUCACGGUCCUGCUGAACAACAUGCGGGCCGAGUACGAAGACCUGGCCGAGCAGAACCGCAGGGACGCGGAGGCCUGGUUCAACGAGAGGAGCGCCACCCUGCAGCAGCAGAUCUCCGACCACGCGGGCGCGGCCUCUUCGGCCAGGAGCGAGCUGACCGACAUGAAGCGCAGCCUGCAGACCCUGGAGAUCGAGCUGCAGUCGCUCCUGGCAAUGAAACAGUCCCUGGAGUGCUCCCUGACCGAGACCGAAGGGAACUACUGCACGCAGCUCGCCCAGAUCCAGGCUCAGAUCGGGGCCCUGGAGGAACAGCUGCACCAGGUCCGAACCGAGACGGAGGGCCAGAAACUGGAGUACGAGCAGCUGCUCGACAUCAAGGUCCACCUAGAAAAGGAAAUUGAGACCUACUGCCGCCUGAUAGAUGGAGACGGGAACUCAUGCUCCAAAUCAAAGCGCUUUGGAUCAGGAGGCUCAGGGAGUUCACCCAAAGAGUUAUCCAAAACCACAUUGGUAAAGACAGUGGUUGAAGAGAUAGAUCAACGUGGUAAAGUUCUUUCAUCGAGAGUCCACUCCAUUGAAGAAAAGACAUCUAAAAUGACCAGUAACAAAACAGAACAAAGGGUUCCUUUCUAG